AUGAAGCAGUAUGCACUCGUUCGGUACCACAGCAAUAGCCCGCGUCCCGAGCAGAGCAACCCCCACCCUACCCCACCCUGUUUGGGUAACCAGAACCGCGGCGUUACCCCGAGUUCAGAGAGAACGGCCACCGGCAGUUUCCAACCGCUGCACCACGGAACCCGCACUCCACCCGUUCCAUCACCAACCGUCCCCGCCCCCCAUUCAGAUAGGGGCGGGGGCUUCUUGGAACCACGUGAACAGCAGGCGCCCAAUCGGAUCGGCGCAAGGGCGGUUUGUGAGGGGUGGGGGGGGGGAGAAAGUGCCUGGCACGUGACGUCAGCAUACACGAAUGGGGUUGACGAAGCGAUGUUUGUGAGGCACUCAGAGACUGGAGAGGUGAGUGAUGUGUGGCCUGGGAGGGCAGUACGUGUUCCCGCCUCCCCCUUACUCUCUGCCAUGGCAGAACAAACAGCAUCUUCCGAUUUGAUAGACUGCAGCCCAGCAUCUUGUGAUCUGAGUUUCAUGGAGGCGAUCAGUCAGAAAAUGAGAAUUCCUAAUAGACUGAAAGUGACUGAGGAGCCAGGGGAUGAAGAGAGAGCAGAAGAUAUUCAGCUUUCAACAUUACAUAUGCAGAUUCCUGAAAGAAUAUCAAUGGGAGAAACAGAAAUGCAGGAUAUUGGAGCAAGGCCGUAUUUGUAUGGUUGGUUCCAUAAUAAUCCUGUGAAUACAGAUCCUCCACCACUUAGCAUCUCUCCUCACUUAAUGUUUGGAACCUCCCAGGCUAUGAAUAUGGAUAGAUCCGAAAGUCCACUCCAGAUGACUGCCUCCCAGAAUUCCAGUAGAUCACGAACAUUAAGUGAGAAUGAAAUCUGUCUAUCAAAUGUGGCCAGAAGACAGAGGAAUUUGAAUCAUCACUCCAAUGUUCCAAAGCCUCCCUUCCCUUCACCUGGACCUGGCCAGGCAAUAUUUUCAUUUCAUAAUGUGCGCAAUGUAUUAAGUUAUGCUGGACGCAAAUUGUUCGAGCACUUAAUGGAAUCAAUUCAUCAGAAAACAGGAAGCAGAAAUCGGUUCCAUAAUCAGCCCCUUUCUGGCAGCCUUUACUCAGAUGUGACAAAUCAAACAAGGAAUCAAAGCAUGGCCCCUGAUUACACUAUACCUGAAGGUGUGCUUGAAAAUUUCAGUGUAAUGGAAAUUGUAACACUCAGACGACAGUUGAACAAGUUGAAUCGCCGCCUACAAUUAUUAGAACAGGAGAGUCGGGACCAUGCUCGAAAAGAAUUUGUUCUCUAUUCCAUCAUCUUUGCAGCCUGUUUUGUCAACAGUUGGCUUUGGCUAAGGAAGUAACUUUGUUCUACCUGCACUGCUGAGGGUUGAGACUACUUUCUGAAUGCAGCAUGGCAGAUGUCAUCAUUUUUGUUGUACAACAAUCUGUAUCAUUACUGAAAUACAAGGAAAUGAUGUGCUUUAGAACAUCUUGCUAAUGAUUUCAACAGCACAAUGGCAAGGGUUUGAGAAAAACUGUUAUAAUGUAAUGUUCUCAAGUCUACUUAAUUACUUUAAAACUAUAUCUAAUUUAUGUCAAGGAGAAUAUCCUGAAGUACUUCAUCUAACUAACUGCAAUUAAAGGAAGCAGUUUGAAAUUUGUUGCCCUAAUCCCAAACUGAGUUGACAAACCACUGAGAAAUUAGAAAGAAUAUGUCCUCUUGCUGGUAAUCAAAAUCUCUUUUGUACUCUCCAGAUGUUCCCCAAAAGUAAAUGCCUCUACUAUAACUCGGUGAGGAAAUAAGAAUAUCUGAAAUUUGGCUGUCUUUUUAUUGUUCUCUUUUGCUUUUCAUUGGAUACUUUUGAUAAGUGUAGUAAUUGCAUGGCUGCAGAACCAACAGCAUUUCCUUAACUGAAAACAAACUUUUGGAGGAACUCAGCAAUUCUAGCAGUUUAUUUUUUGCUCCAGAUUCCAGCAUCUGCGGUCUCUUGUAUCAACAUUUCCUUAGCUGAUGUAUAGUUAUAACUGCCAGAUCAUAGGGGUUGUUCCAUGGAGGACAACUGGCCUGCUGCAGUGUGCAUAUCAUCAGCCUGGUCUCUGCUUGUUUUCCAAAAUUACCCAGUUGUGUUUGUAAUAUUACUAGGUAGAAAGUUAAGCACAGGGGUAGUGUAAGUAUCUGAACUGUUAUUGUUUAUCCUGCAUUCCAUUAUAGAGCUAUGGUAACAGGAAAUUAGGUCACAUAACAUGACUCAUAGCUGAGGAAAUGAAUAAACCAAAGGGAAGGAAUUUUCCCCAAUGUUUUUUAUUAUAACCUUCAUCUGACAUUUUUGUACAUUUCUGAAGAUAUCUUUACUGCUACCAAGAGUUGUAUACAGCGAAAGACAACCACUUAAUGUAAUCACUUAAUUAGAAGAAUUAAAAUUCACAGUAACCCAGGGUGACUGUUAACAAUUACAAAUUUCAGAUAUCGGAAGUUAAUUUCCUUAGCACUAAUAUGAUGUGCAAGUUCUUUGAAUACAAAUAUCCUUUGAAUUUUUGUACAUACUUGCCUGAUCAUUGGUAUAAAAUGUGUCAAAACUAAUGGUAAAAUGGGGUAUGUGAUAGAGACAUUAUUAAUGUUAAAGGCUGUCACAUUAAAGCUGUGUGCAUUGAUUCACAAUUGUGUGUGAUUUAAGGUGGAUGGUGUUUAAAAUCUGGUCAUCUGUUUAGGCAUCUUAACUUUGCACAAUAGUUAAAUAAUCAGUACCCAACAGUUUAAUUGUAGGUUAGGACAAUGGGUCUAGCAGGAUUUCAGUUUAAACUAAUAUAUUCCUUUCAUGUUGGACAAUGCAUUGUGCAAUGGUGAACUGAAUCCUGUAAAUUGUAAGAUAUAAUUAAGUUGUAAACUGGAGUUUGACAAAGGAACAUCUGGAAUGAAGAUUAAAACCAUUCCAGUGAAAUGUAAGAAAUAUGCAAGUGACAAAUGUUCAAGUUACAGUCAUGCAUUCUUAGUAACAAGGCAAGUGCAGCUAAUUGAAGAAUUUCCUAAAUUAAAGAAUACAUUUCCUUCUUGGGCAUUCUUUCAUUAAAAUAAAGUAUUAGUUAGGAAUCCAAACUGAUACAAUUGUGUUUCUUCUAGUGAGGAAUCAGAACAUGUCAUUGAAUUCCUCUGAAUUCAAAGCUCAUAUAUUGAAAACUAAUUUAUUUACAAAAAAUACGGUGUAUAACAGUGAAAUGGCAGUGAG